AUGCGCAUCCAGCAGCUUGUCCUUGGACCGGUAGCCUUUGCGAGCCUUGCCAUUGCGGCUCCUGCCCCUCUCGGCCUUGUUGUGCGCGACGGCGCGACUGUGGACGACUGCCCCGGUUACGAGGCGUCAAAUGUGAAGAAGACCGAUUCUUCACUCACCGCUGACCUUACUCUCGCUGGAGACGCGUGCAAUGUCUACACCGACGACGUCAAGGACUUAAAACUUCUCGUCGAGUUCCAGUCAAAGCACCGCCUGCAUGUCAAAAUCUUCGACGCGGACGAGCAAGUCUACCAAGUGCAAGAGGAGCUUGUGCCGCGUCCCGAGAAUGGCGAGACACCCUCCGGUGACGCUGACCUCGCAUUCGACCUGGUUGAGAAGCCCUUCUCUUUCAAGGUAACGCGCAAGGAGAACGACGAGGUACUGUUCGACACCUCUGGCGCGCAAUUGAUCUUCGAGGCGCAGUACGUCCGUCUGCGCACUAGCCUGCCCAAGGACCCGAACAUCUACGGUCUCGGUGAACAUAGCGAUCCCUUCCGCCUGCCCAACGUCAACUACCAUCGGACUAUGUGGAAUUCAGAGUCGCCGUUCCUUCCUACCAACGCAAAUCUCUACGGCUCGCACCCGGUCUACUUUGAUCACCGCGGCGAUAAGGGAACUCAUGGUGUCUUUUUGCUGAACGCCAAUGGUAUGAAAAUCGAUCUCAACCUGACUGAUUCUGGGGAUCAGUAUCUGCAGUACAAUACCAUCGGUGGUGUCCUCGACUUCUACUUCCUGGCUGGCAAGCAACCUGCAGAAGUGUCUAAGCAGUAUGCCGACACCGUUGGCUACUCUGCCAUGUUUCCGUACUGGACCUUCGGCUUCCACCAGUGCAAGUAUGGCUACUGGGACGUCAACAUGGUUGCAGAAGUCGUUGGCAACUACUCCACGGCAGGCAUUCCUUUGGAAGUCAUGUGGACGGACAUUGACUACAUGGACCUGCGCCAGGACUUCACAACCGACCCAGAGCGCUUCCCUCUCGGUAAGAUGCGCGAACUUGUUAGCACCCUUCAUUCCCGUGGCCAACGUUACGUCCUCAUUCUCGACCCCGGUGUUCACUUUAAGGAAGGCUAUGCUCCCUAUGAAAAGGGCCACGAAAUGGGCGUCUUCUACAAGGACGCCGAUGGAUCUGACAACUUUGGCGUCCAAUGGCCUGGCACUGUUGCAUGGCCUGACUGGCUCGCGCCCAACACAUCAGAGUGGUGGGCUGACCAAAUCGCGACGACAUUCAGCGCUGACGAGGGCAUCGAUCUGGAUGGUAUCUGGGUCGAUAUGAACGAAGCGUCGAACUUCUGCCAAAAUCAGGCCUGCAACCCUCUGGACGAUCAAGGCAACCCUCCCGCGCCUGGAAACGCCCCUCGCCCCAACACUGGCCGACCAAUCCCAGGCUUCCCAGCAGACUUUCAGCCAAGCGGAUCGAAGUUGAGGGCCCGUCAAGACAGUGAUGGCAAGCACAAAGGUCUUCCUGGUCGUGACUUGUUCGUGUCUAAGUAUGACCCCGUGAACCAUCGUGGCGGCCUCCCCGACUACACGCUUUGGACGAACAAUACCAAUGCCGACGGAACCAAAGUAUACGAUACGCACAACCUCUAUGGCCACGCAAUGUCGCAUGUUACCUACGACGCUAUGCUCGCUCGCCGUCCUGGUCUCCGACCCAUGGUCCUCACGCGCUCGACCUUCGCCGGUAACGGUCGCAAGUCUACGCACUGGUUCGGUGACAACGAGUCGAGCUGGGAACACUACCGCCUCUCCAUCCGUCAGAUGCUCGCCUGGGUGUCAAUGCACCAGAUGCCCAUGGUUGGCUCCGACGUCUGCGGCUUCAAUGGCAAUGCGGAUGAGCUUAUGUGCGCUCGCUGGGCACUGCUGGGCGCCUUCCAACCCUUUUAUCGCAACCACGCCGAGAUCUCCGCUAUCCACCAGGAGUUCUACCAGUGGCCGCUUACCAUCGAGGCCGGCAAGAAAGCUAUAGACACGCGGUACAAGCUGAUCGACUACGCUUAUACCGCGCUGUACUAUCAGACGACCGAGGGCACGCCAAUGAUCAACCCGCUAUUCUUCUUGUACCCUGAGGACGAAAACACGUUCGGUAUCCAGCACCAGUGGUUCUACGGCGAUGCGCUUCUCAUCUCGCCUGUGACCACCGACUAUUCCGACAGUGUCACGUUCUACCUGCCCGAAGACAUCUUCUACGACUACUGGACAGGCGAGCGCGAAGACGGCAAGGGCGCAAAUGUAACCCGCAACGGCGUCUCCUGGACCGACAUCCCCGUCCACAUCCGCGGCGGCACCAUCAUCCCGCAGCGCGCCAACAGCACCAACACCACCGCCGAGCUGCGCAAGCAGGACUUCGUGUUCCUCGUUGCCCCCGACGCAGACGGCAAGGCGAAGGGCCGUCUGUACAUCGACGAGGGUGAGAUGAUCGAGCAGACGGACGUCACUGAGCUUGACAUCACCUACGAUAACGGCGAAAUCACUGUCGGUGGCACCUGGGGGUAUAAGGGGCUGAAGGGUGAGAGCAUCACGCUCAAGAGCUUUAAGAUUCUGGGACAGAAUGGCAUUGCUAUGGGAUCGCUGGGGGAGAAUUCAAAACUCGAUGAGGAUUCUGGCGCGGUGACGGUGGAGGGGACGUGGAGUCUGGAUGGAGACUUUUCGACGCAUAUCUAG